UCUUCAUUUCUGUUUUCCCUAAAUUCUCUCAAAUAUCAUUUGUUUGCCGAAUUUGGAAUUCCAUUAAAACUUUAUUUCUUCUUCUUCUUCCACCUUCUGCAGCUUGCAAAUAUGUUCACAUCACCGAUUAAUUUCGAAUUUGGAGAUUACGACGACAAUCAUCACAUAGACAUGCCUCCUGGUUUUCGGUUCCAUCCCAGCGACGAAGAGCUCAUCACUCACUACUUGUCGAAGAAGGCUCUCAAUCCUCUCUUCUCCUGCUACGCCAUUACCGACGUCGACAUUAACAAAGUCGAGCCGUGGGACCUGCCUUGGAAAGCGAAAACGGGGGAGAAGGAAUGGUACUUCUUCUGCGUUAGAGAUUUGAAGUACCCAACCGGGAUGCGGGCGAACCGAGCCACUCCCGCCGGCUACUGGAAAGCCACCGGAAAAGACCGGGAAAUUCUCCGAGGAGAAAAGCUGGUGGGCAUGAAGAAAACCUUGGUGUUCUACCAGGGGAGAGCCCCCAAGGGGGUGAAGUCAAACUGGGUCGCGCACGAGUUCCGAUUGGACGAGAGCUUCAAGCUACCCGCGACUGAAUUUGUGAUCUCCAGAGUGUUUCAGAAGGCAAAGGGAGGGAAGAAAGUCAACAUUUCCGAGAUGACGAGAGUCGAACCGGAAUUCAGAGCUCCACCAAUGGCCGAUUCGAUGAAGCUCGAACCGGGGAAGGAGCACGUGCACUGCUUCUCCAGUGGCGUCCACAACAGCAGCAGCAACAAUCCCAUUGUCCCAAAUAAUGGGGAAUCUUCUUCAUUGUUGCCCAAAUCUGAGUUUGCGCCUGGUCAAUGUGAUGAUGGCUUCAUCUUCCCUGAUUUCUAUUCCUCGGGAGAAUACUACCCUUUUUGUGAUGGUCUAUGAAUUCAAAAUGUUAGAAACAAAGGAAAGAGGGGAUUUGGGUUUUGAUUUCUACAGUAGAAGAUUUUGAUGUGUUUCGAGUAACUAGAGAAAAAAAUGUGUGUGCAAAUUAGUGCACACUUUUUGUA